AUUUCAGGUUACAACUGGCUUUGCGAUCUAGAUGAGGCAAAAGGACUGACACUGGGUAGAACAUAUCGCAACAUCAACGCCUGUACGACUUUCAUAAAAUACAUCGCAACAACGGCUAAGGAUCAAGUUGCUGACGAAAUAAAGAAAACGAAAUUCGUGAGCGUAACUUCAGAUGGUGCCACAGAUGCCAGCAUCAUAGAGCAAGAAAUUGUAUUUGUGCGCUAUAGCAGCAAAGGCGAACCAGUCGCCAAAUUUGCAGGUUUAAGGCAGCCUCUCAGCCCAGAUGUCACUAAUUUAUUUCAAACCAUCAUGGAAGCCCUUGAGGAUGUUGGACUAAAUAAGGAAGAGUUGGAGAAGAAAUUGGUGGGGUUUGGUUGUGAUGGAGCUUCCGUUAUGGGUGGGAAAAAGGGGGGCGUUUCAGCAUAUUUAACCCGUUUACAGCCCAAUUGCAUCACCGUGCAUUGUUUUGCUCACCGACUGGAGCUUGCAUUCAAGGAUGCAGUAAAAGAAAACCGUCUCUACGAUAGCUGUAUCUGAUGGGCUUGUAUUACCCCCGCGGGGUGAGACAGGGAGAUUCCCUGUCUCCCCUGUUGUACAUUCUUUGCGUUGAAACUCUCGCGUGUAAGAUUCGAAAUAACCCAAAUAUCGAAGGCUUUCUCCUUCCGGGCGCACGAGGUUUAUGUUACAAAGUUGGUGUGUAUGCUGAUGAUACGACCUGUAUCGUAAAGUCCUAUCGCUCUCUUCAAUGUUUGUUUAGAAUGAUUAAUGUGUAUGAGGGUGGAUCUGGAGCUCGUCUCAACGUCACAAAAACUGAGGCCAUGUGGCUGGGAGCAUGGCGUUCCCGCGGCGACCAGCCGCUUGGCCUCAAAUGGGUGACGAAAAUGAAAAUUUUAGGUGUUGUUUUUGGACAAGAUACCGAGAUAGAUAAUUGGCGACCGAAACUCGAGAAAUUAGAGAAACAUCUCAAUCUCUGGAAAUCUCGCUCUCUCUCUCUGAUUGGCAAAUCGCUUAUAAUCAAUGUUUUGGGAAUUAGUAAACUUCUGUAUCUUUCUGCCGUUUUGUGUGUCCCUAAAUGGGUUAUUUCAAAGAUAAACAAUCUAGUCUGGCCUUUUCUCUGGGGAUCUCGAAUUGAAACAGUUAGCCGGAUGACUUGCCACCAAUCCCUAGGGAAAGGUGGUCUCGGCAUUUUUAAUUUUCAGACCAAAAGUGACUCUCUUAAGUUAGCUUCCCUUAUUUGUAACCUUGAGGAUCGUGAAUCAAAGUCCUUUUUUCUAACCAAAUACUUUCUUGGUUCUCGACUCGCUUCUUGCCGUCCGGAGUGGCGUUCUCUUCGCGAUAACUCCACUCUGAGUACGCAAAAUUUGACACCUUAUUAUGAGAAAUGCUUUUCGGUUCUCACCACUCUUCGCGGGAUUGUUUCCCACCAGGAGUGGCAGGAUUUUGUUUUCUCCUCCAAGAGGUGCUAUUCAGCUCUCUUGAGAGAGAAUUCUACUUCACCGAUUCUGCACCGUUUCUGGUCUUCCUUCCUCCCGAUUGAUUUUGAUCUCGACCUCUUCUGGGAUUAUGUGCGGGAUGGUUUCUCCGAAAACUAUAAGAGCGAUAUCCUCUGGCUAAUUGUCCUUCGCGCGGUUAAAGUGCGUGACUCUCUGAAAAAUUGGGGGUAUAUUGAUUCUAAUAAAUGCGCGUCUUGUUCUCGUAAGGAGACAAUUGAUCAUUGUUUUCUGAAUUGUGUUCGUGUGAAACGUGUGUGGUCCUUUUUCUCUCCUGUCCUCUCUUCUCUUCUUGGUAAUGUUUUUCUGCCGUCUUGUACUCGUGUCUUCUUUUUCCGUUGGGCUCCCGUCAGCCCUAAAAAUGCUCAACUAAUUCGUUUUUUAAUCAAAACGAUCCUGUACGGUAUCUGGAAAUUUCGUAAUAAAGCUACUUUCCAUAAUGGAAAUGAUACCCCUGAGGGUAUGAUCCGUUAUAUCCUCAGCGAUAUCAAGAACAGAGUAGCUUGCGAUUAUUAUCGACUUACUUUCUCCGAUUUUAAAAAUUGCUGGGAAGUUCCGGGUUUGUGCCGCUUGAACGGCGACUCUUACAAACUGCUGCUGUAAAUAUUUCUGUGAAUAGUUAUUUAGGUUAAUUUAGUAUUCUAAUAUUAGGUCCUAUUAUGUAGUUUAUUAAUGGGCUUGUAUUACUUUUACCACAACAGUCCAAAACAGCGCCAAAGUCUGAAGCAAUCCUUUUUGAGCCUAAAGCAGUCCUCUCUCAUGCCAGCCCGCGUUGGUGGCACAAGAUGGGCGGGACACAUGGUGCUGGCCAUUGAGAAUUUUGUUAAAGGGUAUCCUGCAAUUCGUGCUCAGCUUGAAAUUUGUAUCACACAGAAGGUAAGAAAACAUUGUUCCUAAACAUUAAUACUGUCAUAUGCAACAAACAGUAGAGACGUAAACCAUUUUUAGCCCACAGAUAUUCAUGAUUUCUUUAGUAAUAUAACAAACAAUUUGACCAGAAAUAUUCUUCAGUUUUAAUGUCAUAAUAUAUCUCAAUUUUCCAUGGCUUUUUAGGGAAAUACCCAAAAGAAUUCCAGGGGUUACCUAAAACUUAUGAAGCGGCCUGAUGUGAUUGCAUAUCUCCAUCUGCUGCUGGAUGUCCUUUCCCCUCUACGACUUCUGUCUCUCACCCUGCAGUCUAACCAGACAACUUUAGCAGACGUUGGCGAGAAGAUUGAUGUCGCUAAAGAUGUUAUCAGCUCAUUCAAGGAAAGGUACGAAUGUCUUUAGGCUUCUAGUGUUAAUUGCUUAAACCUUUUAAUUUUUUCCAGCAAUGGUCCAAGACUAAAACAGUUUUUCAGAUACCAUGAUCCUGAGGCCUCGACUUACAGGGGUAGGCCAAUGAGUGGCAACAUUUCAGCGGGAAAUUUCCAUGCAACGAGUACCAAACGGUUGACUUAGGGUAUCUUGGCCACUUUAGAGGCAAGGUUUGCUGACGUUUCGAAGGAUGUCGUAGCUGCAACCCGGAUAGCAAAUUUCAAACAGUGGCCCUUGUAUUUCUAAAAAGGAUGACGUUACAGGUGAAGACACAAAAAUAUAUCCAAUAAAAAGUUUUUAUUUUGCCAAAUACAAAGUGAAUAAAGAAGGUCCUAAUAUCUUAUUAAUUUUUAUUAUUAUCACAGCUUUUGGAAUUAAAGAACUCCAGGUCCUCUGCCAGCACUUUGGAGGGGUGCUUCAACAUGCGGAAAUUGACUGUGAGCGGGUGAAACUGGAAUGGGUGAUGCUCAAAUCCCAUCUUUAUAACAAGUGAGUCGUGAACAUAAGUUUCAUAAAGUGAGUUUCACCAUGCAUCGAUCUUCAAUAUUUAUGUUCGUGUGAUAUUUUUUAAUUAUCUUUUUAGAUCCAAAAAACACAUUUAAGAACUCACAUGGCCCGAAGUUCACAGCCUUUAUCACGAAAGCCAUGAAAACGUCCUUGCCGUUAUAGAUCUUAUCGUUACCCUUCCGACCAGUUCUUCUGGAAAUGAACGGGGCUUUAGUCAGAUGAAACUUACGAAGACUAGCAUCCGAAGCAGACUGAGCAAUGCGAAUCUCAAUAAUUCAAUGGCAAUUCAGAUGUUAACGCCUGGUGUGAAGGAGUUUGAUCCAGACCAAGCCAUAAACAAAUGGACGAUGGGUGGAAAGAGGGAAAGAAGACCAAUCUUCAAUGAAGGCAGUUCAAGAAAGCGAGCCAGGUUAGAGUCAAAUGUUAACCUUUCAGACCUAGGAUCCGUGGAAGUUGUGAAACAUACCGCCGCCAUUCUCGAACCAGCAGCUCAACAGAACAUACCUGUUGAACAAGACGAGGAGGCCGAGGAGGAAGUCAUCUUCAGUGACGACGAAGGAGUGGUGUCUGACUGA